UCCAAUCCCUGGAAGUUCAAUAGUUGAGUCCUAGGAUCUAUGCCAGGACUCUUUUUGUGUUCAUCUUCCUGCUGUGUUUCUUUUCAGGAUUCACACCCACACUGGUGAAGAAGAUGCUUGUCUCCCUGCUGACCUGUGUCCCCCUUUUUCUCUUCCUGAUGCACAGCACGUGCGUGUUAUCUGGAGCCAAGCAUCCUGACAGGAAUGACUUUGACCUCUCACCCACCAUCCGGAAACUUAUGAAAGGCUACAACAGUUACCUGAAGCCCAAUUUCAAUGAAGGUCCGAUCGAGAUCGGAAUGAGUCUGGGCAUCGCGAGUAUUGAUGCCAUCUCUGAAAUCAACAUGGAUUACACAGCGACCAUCUUCCUGAGGCAGCAGUGGAUGGAUGAGCGACUCCUCUUCGAGGGCAAUAAGAGUCUGAGUCUUGACCGAAGGUUAGUGGAGCUGCUCUGGGUACCAGACACAUUCAUCGUCAACUCCAGGAAGUCAUUCCUGCAUGACAUCACUGUGGAGAACCGCCUCAUCCGAAUCUUCAGCAAUGGUACUGUGUUCUAUGCACUCAGGAUAACGGCUACAAUCGCCUGUAACAUGGACCUGACCAAAUACCCCAUGGAUCGGCAAAUGUGCACCCUGCAGUUGGAGAGCUGGGGUUAUAAUCUCCAGGAUGUCGUUUUUUACUGGACGCAGGGGAACGAUUCAAUGAAAGGUCUAGACACACUGCAGCUCGCACAGUACUCAGUGGAGAGCUACUACACCUCUGUGUCACAAGCUGUGUACGAGACAGGUUCCUACCCGAAGCUGGUCCUCCACUUUGCGCUGUGGUGUAACAUCCUGUACUUCAUCCUAGAGAGGUAUGUUCCAGCUACACUGCUGGUGGCGCUGUCCUGGGUCUCCUUCUGGAUCAGCCAGUCUUCUGUCCCAGCCCGCACCUGCAUCGGGGUGAUGACAAUUCACUUUAAAAAGUAGAUGAUUGAAACAAGGUCCUGGACUGGAACUGACUGGAAGAGAAACAGCUGGAAAACCGCUGGCCCAAGUUGACUCAAACUGAUCACAAAAUCUCAAUUUGUUUCUGCUACCCCACUUAGUGAAUUCUGCUUCCCUCUCCUGCAGGAGCUUAGGAAAGAUUUAGAGGAGUCAAACGGGAUGGUUCCAGUCUUCAGCACCAGUUCUGCCAACCCCAGUAAGGUGGUGAAGCGAAACAAUACCCAGAAUGACUGUAUGAGAGUUGUGACUUCCGGGAAGGUGGGCUCAAAGGCAGAGCUGCGGCUAGAUAAUGAGCAAUUCUUCAUGGCUCUCAAGGGGAAGGUUCAGCUAACCCUGGCUUUCUUCAAUGUGUAAAAUCCACACAACAUUGACCGCAAUUCCUCCAUGUUCUUCCCCCUGGCGUUCAUGUUAAUCAAUGUUUUUUACUGGAUCUAUUACCUCUUCCUCUGAACACGCACUGUACCCCUCCUCGUCUUUUAAUGAUACAGUUUUAAAGGGUGUACACUUGGAAUAAAAUGGACAAGCUGCUGUGGUCUCCUUUCUUAAUUGCUAUUUUAAAAGUAUCCAACUGUGAGCCGGAUGAAGGCCAUCCCUGUGGUUGUCACUCAAAUUACAAGGGGAAAGAGAUCAGGCACUAAAAUAUUUAUAAUGAUUUCCAUUCCUUCUGCAGUGGUGUUAUUGCAUACAACUGGAUCCUGAAAGUAAAAAAAAAAACAUGAAGGACUGCAUAAGAAGACUGCUGUCCACCACAGAAUCUAUUGACCUAUGUUAAGCAUAUCCUUUUCUAAAUAACCUGAGUUAAAUAUUUAAACAUCUUUAGUUUGCAGCAAACAAAUGGGCCCGUCUCCCAAUGUGUGACACACUGUCUUUUUUCGUUCUUCCCAACUCCUACUUAUGAAGUGCCGCGGGAUAGAUUUAAUCAUGCCCGUUUUUACAUCUGAAAAAUUUACAAGUGAAAAUCAGUGGCUGGCAAACUGAGGUUGCCUUGAAAACUUCUCAGCUCAAACAUGAUAAACCUACUGUCAGACAUGGAUCCCUUUCACAUUAACAGAUGCACAUUAUAGAGAAAGGGAAUAGGGAAUUCUUCACCCAAACUAAAUAGUUCUGCUCCUCAGUUCAGCAUAUUAUAUAUUCUCUUCACUCUGCCUAAACUCAACACACGUUUUCCUUCCAUGCCUACCAGCAGCAUUGUACAAUCAAAUCAAGCACACUCAUUACUGAACUUUGAAUGAUCCAAAUACUGAUUACCAGAUUCUGCUGUUCAACGCCACGGUUUGUACGAACAUUUCGCUGAAAGUAACAUUUUCACCAUUAAUUUCCGUUUUUUAAUAACCAUGCGCAAAUAAUGCCUGAGGGUCACCUGAAUAGAAAACUCGCUCUGUGCAUUAAUGAUUCAGAUAACUGCAUCCAUCAUCAAUGAUGAAGGUUUAAAUGACAAAGAGUUUGGCAGUUUCGAAUCAGAUGAUACAGACUCCCAACCCAGACUCACGAGAGAAACGUUAACAGAUUAACGUUUCUGCAUGUCUGAUUGAUUGCGCUUUCCUGUUACGAUGCAGUCCAUAUUUUGUAUUUGUAUUUUCUUUUUGGACACUGCAAGCUCUUAACAUUUUAAUGCUAUAGUGCUACUUUGUAUGCUACGUUCAUUUAUUAUUUCGUGUUUUCACACUGGACACUCCCAUU